AUGACGAAUUCAACGCCAAAGUUGAACGACAGAGUGGAGAGGCAGGGUUCGCCUAGCACAGGAGGUAAGCGAUGUAGCCAGCGGAGCGGCUUGAUAAAGACCACCACCUUCUUUCCCAGUGGAGCUCGUCCCAAGGCUUCUCCCGGGAGAUUGAGCUGCAGUCCACCCUUUUCGUCCAAAAGUAUGAGGAGUUCCCCCAUACGAUACGAGAGUCCACGUAGCAGCCCAACAAAUAGCUUCUAUGCUGGAGCAAAGUUCUCCGAGCCACCAUCGCCAGCGAGUCUCCCCAAACCGCCAAGCCAUUGGAUGAGUCUAAUGGACACUUGCCACCAGUCCGGCAGUUCAUUCAACACCAUCAACGAUCACCUUAAAAUGCUUCUCAAUGUUCAGGCUUGA